AUGAUCAACCUAUCAGGGCAUUCUUUAUAUGAAAUAGAAAUUUUUGAUCAAAUCAUUCCUUCUCCUUCUCACCGCUUUUGUCAUCUCGCAAGAUGGCCUAAUAUCAGCGUUUACUCCGAAACGGGAGAUAGUUGUAUUGAAACCAUAGAAUUUCCUGCGGUAUUUAAAGCACCAAUUCGACCAGAUAUUGUGAGAUUUGUUCAUAAAAAUAUCUCCAAAAGUAACCGUCAGCCUUAUGCAGUAUCAUCAAAAGCUGGUCAUCAAACUUCAGCAGAAUCUUGGGGUACUGGACGUGCAGUUGCUCGUAUUCCUAGAGUUUCUGGUGGAGGUACCCAUCGUGCUGGACAGGGUGCUUUCGGUAACAUGUGUCGUGGUGGUCGCAUGUUCGCACCUACUAAAAUCUGGCGCAAAUGGCAUAUCAAAACAAAUCUUAACCAAAAACGAUUCGCCACUGCAUCAGCUUUGGCGGCGUCAGCUAUUCCAUCACUCGUAUUGGCACGAGGUCAUAGAAUUGAAGAAAUUCAGGAAAUACCGCUUGUUAUUGGAAGCGGUAUUGAAUCUUUGGUGAAAACCAAAAUGGCCAUUGAACUUCUGAAAACCACCCAUGCUUAUAGGGAUGUGGUUAAAGUUUCUAAUUCUCGUAAAUUACGAGCUGGUAAAGGUAAAAUGCGUAAUAGACGCCAUCGUCAACGUAGAGGACCGUUGAUAGUCUAUAAUGAAGACCUUGGUGUUGUGAAUGCUUUUCGCAACAUUCCUGGAGUUGAAGUGGUUAACGUUAGAAAUUUAAAUUUAUUACAAUUGGCGCCUGGUGGCCAUUUGGGUAGAUUUAUUAUUUGGUCUCAGGGCGCUUUUGCAUUGUUGGACGCCCUGUUUGGAACUUAUAAAAAGCCUUCUGAAUUGAAAAAGGACUAUCGUUUGCCACAGAACAUCAUUUCUAAUUCUGACGUCACCCGUCUCAUCAAUUCCAAUGAGAUUCAACAAGUCCUUCGACCUGCCGGAGAAAAACAUCAAAAACGUCCUUAUACUCAAAAGAAAAAUCCUCUCCGUAACAAUGGUGUGAAAAUCCGUUUAAAUCCUUAUGCUAAAGUUUUACAAAGAGCAGAAAUUCUUGCUGCUCGCAAAGCGAGUAAAGUGAAAAAGAAACGAGUUCACUUCAAAGCUUCAACAAAGUCACUAUUUUUAAAAAUGGAAAGUGAAGAUAAUGCCAAAAUUCUUGAAAAGCAGACACUAAACAUUGAAGUAAAUAACCAAAAUUCAGCUGAACUAGUAGAUGCUCUGACAAUAGAACAAAUGUUUGGCAGUUGGAAUGAAUUAGAUCAUUUUAUUUCUUUCUAUACACAAUCACAAAAUUUUGUUAGCUAUUCUGACAAAAAACAAAUUGAACCAGAAUCACAAACAUGGCAACAUUCUUUUAUUAUUGGAUUGGGUGAUAGUAUAAACACAAAAACUUCUGCUCAUAUUAAGCAAUCCUUUUCAGAUUCGUUUUUUUAUAUACCAAAAAUUUCAUUUACCAAUAUUCAUACUAAGGUUAAUUAUUAUAAAACAUAUGGAAUAAUCAAUGGAUUGUCAAAAAAGGCAAUACAAACUGGUAUAGAUGCUGGCUUUGGUGCAGUAAAAGAGCUCGAAAAUUUUAUAAGUGGAUUUAUUACUAAAUAUGGUCUAAAAAAAAAAGAAAAGCUGAUUCACAGAAAGAAUAUAAAAAAACAAAAUGAGAAUGAGAAUAAGAGUAAGAAUGAGGAUAAGAGUGAGGAUAAAAAUAAAGAUGAAACUACUUCAAGUUCGGAUAAAGAAAAUUUUAUUAUAGUUAAAAAUCUGAUAAUCUAUUCAAAAAAGAGUGCUUCAAGAAAAAAGUGGUUUAAAGAUUCACAUGAAUUUGAGAGUAAAAGAAAAUCCAAUACUAAAAAGCAUUCAAAAAUUCAAAAGACAAAAAAGCCAACACAAUACUAG